AUGGAGCAAGUGCGUGCGCUGUACGACUUUGCGCCGGCGACUGCGCAGGAGGUGGGCUUUGCGAAGGGCGACGUCAUAUCCAACGUCGAAGUCGUUGAUGAGAACUGGUGGCGGGGCACCACCCCCAAUGGAAGUUACGGCCUCUUCCCCUGUAAUUACGUGGAGAGGAUAGUGGCGGCGGCCCCUGCCCCGUCACCGGUGGUGGUCACCCCCGCUGCCCCCGUGGCGGCCACGCCCAAACAGCUGAACAUUCCCGUACGAGCGCUGUGGGACUAUGUCGGGCAGACCGAGACCGAGCUGUCCAUCGGCAAGGGCGACACCUUCACCGUCAUCGAGAAAGACGACGAAGACGUGUGGUGGAAUGGAGUGUACAUGUCGGCGGGCAGGGAGGUCAAGCGUGGCUGGUUCCCUGCGUCCUACGUCGAGGAGGUGACCAACACCGUGGUUCCCAAGCCCGCGCCGCAGCCAGUGGCCUUCUCGCCGCCGGUGGCCAGUGCUGCGUCGCCAAGUGCGAGCGCGUAUUCUGCCCCGUCGAUGCCGGCGAUGGGGGGUUAUGGAGCGGCUCCCACGCGAACGACCAUUCCGAUCGCCCAGCCCCCCCAACAACCUGCGUUUACACUGCCGGUGUCGCCCCGAAGCGAGCCGCCUCCGCACAAGGAGAUCAAAAAGGAAAAGAUCGGUAAAGAUACGUUCGCCUUCUUGGAGGUGCACGUCUUCGAAUGCACCGGCCUGUUGCUCCCCAAGAAAGGAGCGUCGGUACAGAUCGCCCUGAAGGAGUUCGGUAAGAUCAGGAAGGUGUUCCAGACCGCCAACAUCAAGAAGACCGUCGAGCCCACUUGGAAUGAGAGCUUCCAGCUCAACAUUGUCGAUCCGGAAGAGACAGAUCUGGUCGUGUCGGUGCUGGACGGCAAGAAGGCCGUGGGCGAGAUCGAGUUCCCGCUUCGCUCCUCCAAGCGCACCCAGUUCGAGGAGGUCGGCGGCUGGGAGAACAAGUGGGCGCUGCAGGGCAAGGAGGCGCAGGGCACGCUGCACUUGACCAUCAAGUACCGCGACGUCAACUCGAUCUCCAAGCCGGCCCAGUUCGUCAAAGACCAAUCGGUCACCUCCACCGGCGGCGCCAUCAUCACUUCCAACCUCAGUCCGGAGUGGGCCAAGGUGCUCAGCGCGGCCGAGCUCCCUCUCGACGGCGCCCGUCCCGCCGCAACGCCCCAGCUUAGCAACUUACCCUGGGGCCUGGUGUCGUUGUCGUUGUUGAUGAUGACGGGAUCCGAAACCCAGCACCAGACUCCCGCUCCGGCGCCGGUGCUGGCCGCGCCAAUCCACAUCCCACAGACCACGCCCGUAGCUGCCGCCGCUGCAGGCUUCAACAAGCCUGUGCAGCCCGCAGCAGCCUUCAAGCCGCCUCCGCCUGCUGGUCCUCGGCCUCCCGUGCUCGCAGCCCAGGGAUCGCCUGCCGGCUCGCCGCAGCAGUUUCGGCCUCCGCCGCCGGCCGGGCCGCGACCCGCCCCACUCCCCGGGCGGGAGCCGCCGCCACCACCGGUGGGUCAUCCGGCGUACGCCGCGCAACAACAACCGCAGACGGCCUACAGCGCGCCGGUCCAGCAGCACCAACAGCAACAGCAAGCCUACGCCUACGGUCAGCAGCAGCAGCAGCAGCAGUACUACGACGAAUCCCAGCAAUAUCAGGAGGGUGGCUACUACGACGAGUCGCAGCAGUACCAGGAGGGCGGCUACUACGAUAAUGGCUCCUACAACAACUACCAGUACCAGUAG